AUGAUUUCUGAUAAAAAAAUAGCAAUCAAAUUUCUUCUUUUCGUCCUAGUCUGCUUGUUUGUUUUAGGAGAUGCAGAAGUGAGAUGCAUAGAGAGGGAGAGAGAAGCUCUUCUAAGCUUCAAGAAUGGCCUCAUCGAUGACUAUGGCUGUCUCUCGUCGUGGCAAAGCGACAAAUGCUGCAAAUGGUAUGGUGUUUGGUGCAGCAACACCACUGGCCAUGUCAUCGCCCUCCGACUAAAUUCUGAUGAUUAUGGUGGCAAAUUGCGAGGUGAGGUUGGUUCUUCCUUGCUUAAGUUGCAUCAUUUAAACUAUCUUGAUCUCGGCUCAAAUGAUUUUGGAGGCAACCCAAUCCCAAAAUUCAUUGGUUCCACGAAACAGUUACAGCACUUGUAUCUGGUUCGUUCUAACUUUUCUGGGAUUGUUCCUCCUCAGAUAGGCAACCUUACCAAUCUGCAAUCUCUUUCUCUAUCAUUUAACUCUCUGCGGAUUGAGAAUCUUGAUUGGCUUUCAAGUCUCUCUCAGUUAUCUUAUCUUGAUUUGAGUCAAAUCGACUUAAGUCAUACAAAUUGGCUCCAAAAUAUCUUAAGUGUUCGUUCCCUCGAUAAAUUGUACUUGAACUCUUGUAACAUAAAGGAUGCUGAACCUUCUGUAAAUUCUUCUUCUAUAUCUCUUUCUGUCAUAAGUAUGUAUAGUAAUAAUCUCACUUCUUCCUCGUUCCAUUGGUUAUCUAACAUAAGCACAAAUCUAGUGUAUAUGGACAUUUCGGGCAAUGCUUUAGAUGGCCCAAUUCCUGAUUCAUUCAUAGAGAGAUUAGUUCUUAUUGAAGAUCUUUAUCUUUCUGGUAACAAGCUUGAAGGUCAAAUCCCAAAAUCUUUGUCCAAUCUAGGUCAUUUGCGCGCCUUACUUCUUUAUGGUAAUGGCUUUAAGGGAGACCUUGAUGACUUAUUUGGAAAUAAUCUGGGAAAGGAAUAUUUGAAUCACUCCAAAUUCUGGACUUAG